CCUGCUGGGUCAGAGCUACACGACUAGGCUUGGCCUCUGCCUGCAGUGGCCUCCACACCUCCAGCCUCACCCAGCACCAUGAGUGGCCGAGUCGGAGACCUGAGCCCCAGGCAGGCAGAGACGCUGGCCAAGUUCCGAGAAAAUGUCCAGGACGUGUUGCCUGCCCUGCCCAAUCCUGAUGACUAUUUCCUUCUGCGCUGGCUCCGAGCUCGGAAUUUCGACCUGCAGAAAUCGGAGGCCAUGCUCCGCAAGUACAUGGAGUUCCGGAAGACCAUGGACAUUGACCACAUCCUUGAUUGGCAGCCCCCAGAGGUGGUCCAGAAGUACAUGCCUGGCGGCCUGUGUGGCCAUGACCGUGACGGCUGCCCCGUGUGGUAUGACAUCAUAGGGCCGCUUGACCCCAAGGGCCUGCUCUUCUCGGUCACCAAGCAGGACCUGCUCAAGACCAAGAUGAGGGACUGUGAGCGCAUCCUGCAUGAGUGUGACCUGCAGACAGAGCGGCUGGGGAGGAAGAUUGAAACCAUCAUCAUGAUAUUUGACUGUGAGGGCCUGGGACUGAAGCAUUUCUGGAAACCUCUGGUGGAAGUGUACCAGGAGUUCUUCGGCCUCCUUGAAGAGAAUUAUCCGGAGACCCUGAAGAUCAUGCUCAUUGUGAAAGCCACCAAAUUGUUCCCCGUGGGCUACAAUCUCAUGAAGCCCUUCCUGAAUGAGGACACUCGCAGAAAAAUUGUAGUGUUGGGAAACAACUGGAAGGAAGGUUUGCUGAAACUCAUCAGUCCUGAGGAACUGCCUGCCCACUUUGGGGGGACCCUGACCGACCCUGAUGGGAACCCCAAAUGUUUAACUAAGAUCAACUAUGGUGGGGAGAUCCCCAAGUCCAUGUACGUGCGGGACCAGGUGAAGACUCAGUAUGAACACUCAGUGCAGAUCAGCCGCGGCUCCUCGCACCAGGUGGAGUAUGAGAUCCUAUUCCCAGGCUGUGUCCUCAGGUGGCAGUUCUCAUCUGAUGGUGCUGACAUCGGCUUUGGGGUUUUCCUGAAGACCAAGAUGGGGGAGCGGCAGCGGGCAGGGGAGAUGACGGAGGUGGUGGCCAGCCAGCGCUACAAUGCUCACAUGGUACCGGAGGACGGCAGCCUCACCUGCUCAGAAGCCGGUGUCUAUGUCCUGCGCUUCGACAACACCUAUAGCUUUGUCCACACCAAGAAGGUCAGCUUCACAGUGGAGGUGCUGCUCCCGGACGAGGGCAUGCAGAAAUACGACAAGGAGCUCACCCCUGUCUAGGCAGCUCCUCCACUUCACAGAGACCCCUGGCCCUCUGCUUUCUCUAUAUAUAUCCUACCCUUCCUCUCCACCCUGCCCCCUAAGAAAUUGGUCAUUAGUCCUCUUGACUCUGUGACAUUAGUGAGUAGAGAAAGAGCUGCCUCAGGGAAGACUCAUAUGCCGUGGUCAGAUCAGGAAAGGUAAGAGAGGCACAGACUUGGAGGAUGCCCAGGUUGCACAAAAGGAAGAAGCAAAGGUAGACGCAAGAGGUGGAUGUCACUGAAACCCAAGAAAUAGGAAAAUGAAUCCCCCAGCCUUGGACCUCUCUGCUCCUAAGGCAUUUCUGUGUGCUUGAGUUCCUUCCCUAUGAGCUAUGAGCCAGUUGGGUUGGAGAUGCCUCUAAAUUCUUUUUACUUCUACCCCUUAUGUAGUAGAUGCUCAGGGUACACUUGUAAAGUUGCAUGGAGGUAGGGAGCAGGUGAUUCAUGGGUGUGCGUGACGAGGAGGAGUCUAUCUGGGGCAGAUUUCAACACCUUGGACAGGGCCAUGGAGGGGGUGGACUCUCCUGGAGACCCAGGUGAUCCAGCCCCCAGAUUUCUGGCAGUGGCUGCCCCCUGGGGAAGUCAGAGAUGCCUCCAUAAUGCUUUGCCUGACUCAGGGUCCACAGCUUCCCUAACCCACCACACCUACCCCUACCUCCUUCCCUUGGAACCCCCGGCUUACGUUUUAAGCAAUUGAAGGAACUUUCCUGGAAGCAAAGGAAGUCACAUCUGGCUCUCGCUGCUGCCUGGCGAUAAUAAUAAAAAUCCCACAGCUGUC